AUGUCGUAUGGUGCAGUAUUGAGAUACAGUUUCGACCGAAAGGGUUGUACCAUUGGGUGGUUGGCCAGCUGUGUCGUGGUUUGUCUGUCUGCAUUUAAACUUGGCGGAGGAUGCGAAUUAGCGAUGACCUGUGACAUAAUCUACGCCGGAGAGGAAGCGAAGUUCGGUCAACCCGAAAUCAACCUUGGCAUUAUUCCAGGAGCUGGUGGUACUCAGCGAUUGGCAAGGGCGGUUGGUAAAUCUUUGGCUAUGGAAAUGAUUCUAUCCGGGUGCCAGAUUUCAGCCCAGGAGGCAAAGGAAAACGGUCUCGUCACCAGGGUGUUCCCAACUGAUAAAGUGGUCGACGAGGCGGUGAAGUUAGCGGAAGUCAUUGCUGCGAAAUCACGUCUGGCCGUAAUUACUGCAAAAGAGACCGUGAAUGCGGGUAUGUCGGUGUACUGCUUAUUUUCCGCUCGCACAUGUAAAGGUAGAAUCUUUCUUUAUGCGUUUCCAUUGUCCACUGGUCAUUUUACCAUUUUUUGCCAUAGUUGGACAACAGUUGCGGUAUCGUUUGAUCAUGACCAGAAAUAAGA